AUGGGAGAGUCACGUAGUCCUAUGAGUCAGGCAAAUAUGACGUGUGGACCCGCCUACUUCCGGAAAGGUGGCGACAUGAUUCAUAGAGACUGUGACACAGUUAAUACGUUGACGUUUGAUAAUCCUGACGAAAUUACAAACGAAAUUAUGAUGUCAGAGAAAGGCCGUGUCAUUGCGUGGGUGGGGAAUCAUCGUGAACGGAUCAUUGAUCCUAAAAAUAACAAACGGAAUGAUGACGUCAUAGAAGGUGAAUUGGACCCGCCUUCUCAUACGGCGCCAAAAGACCAAGGAAUGGGGAUCGUGACGUACAUCAUCAUGUAUGGUUUUGGAGUGAUAACCCUGCUAUUCAUGUUUAUAGCGUGUGACCUAGCUAAUGAAUCGUUCGCUGUAACUGGGCCUGACGAGCUGAAAUUCCAGGAAAAUUUGACGUUGACGUGUACAGCCCCCUAUCCAUCAAUGUUACCCCUAACAUGGUUCCUCGUCGGGAACAGAACCAACGUCAAGAUAGAACCAGACCAGGGCAGAUGGAAGUACAGGACGACAAUAACAACAACAACCAACCCCGAUCAUACCACGUUGAGUGUUUUACAAAUUGAGUAUUGUUCCAUCCAAGACGGCAGCAUGUAUGAGUGCCGUACGAGUGUUCAGAAGGACACAAAUACUUCCACUUCCGCGCUGCACAACGUGUCUGUUUCUUACGACACCUGCAUAGACAAAGAUGAAGUAGAUGGUAUAUAUGUACGAGGAAAGGGUUGCUUGUCUGUAAGUGACAUUGGCAAGCGAAGGCAAUGGAGUGACGAUUUCUCUAUUACUCACUGGAAAGAACAACUAGUGGCGUCGGACAUAAUUUCUAAAUACGUUCACCAGGAAGGAGUGUUACCUGGUUUAGAACCACUUUUCCCGAUUAAACUGAUCAAUGAAGAAAGAAACUUUCAAUGGAAAGACUUCAAAAGAGACAUGUCUAAACGACUGACUUUCACAGCCUGGAUGGACUACGGUUAUGUGGAUAAGCAGAGCACGUGUGUAUCUAUUUCUAUAAGAGGGGAUACUUUCAGUAACUGGGUAUACAGUAGAUGCUUGUCGUGGUAUACAAUCUGCCUAGAUUCCAUCGAAAAGGAGGUGGAAACGGAACAACAGCCUUAUAUUCCAGCUACACGUAUACCUGAAUCAAGUGACGUAAACGUGACGAGUCCGGACGUCUUUGACCGCCUGUUCCGGUGUACCCAGACAGGGGAGUACAUCCUGUCCUACUUUGUGUGUGACCAUCGCCCGGAUUGUAUGUAUCAAUCAGACGAAAGUCAAGCGUGCCAGACUUCCACUAGCGAGACUAACGUGGUAAACUUCCGAUGUGACAAUGGAAACUACAUCUCGUUGAACUUGGUGUGUGAUUUUUACCAGGAUUGUUAUGACGGAUCGGACGAGCGUAACUGUUUUAAGUCGACUUGUUUGUGGGGUCAGUGGACAUGCCAUAACGGCCAAUGCAUCGCCGGUUAUGACGUCUGCGAUAGUGAGAGGGAGUGUGCAGACGGAUCGGACGAAUGGUCAACAACAUGUAACGGUUAUCCUAAGAUACAGACCGUAUGGCCAUGUCCAUCCAAGAGACAUGUACCUAUAUAUAGAAUGUGUGACAGGAUUCCUGAUUGUUAUGAUGGAAGUGAUGAGAAUGAGAAGGACUGUAACCUUGGAAACCCAACAUAUUCCUGCUCGACCCAUUGUCACGAGCGAGUGUGUAAUGAUACUUCGGUAAGAGUGCACCUUGAAAGCAAUGGUUAUGAAGCUGUCCACUGCUCAUACAGAGAUGACGUAGCACUGAUGACCUGGCCGUUCUCUCCUUUAGUCGGUACGAUGGCGGAACAGAAAAACUGCUAUUUCACUACGGGAAACAUCGGGUAUACCACCAUCAUGCUGAUUAACGAACAACCUGUCUCUGUCCAAUACAAAAGUGAACACAUCCUCGAAGCUCUAAUCAAACACUCACGGGAUUGUUACCAACUAGUGGAACAUUGCUACAAAGUGUCCAUCGACUCAGUGCGUAUACCAUCCAUCCAGUUUUCUAGCGAGUUGGACGGGAGACACAUGCAAAACUUAACCUACUGUGGAAAUGUCGGAAGCCUCUGUCACCACUUCGGAUGUUUUGCCGAACCGUCACAAUCAAACCCUCAUCCAUCCUGCAACGGAACGAGCACAGUUGUGAUUAGAAAGAAUGUACCUAUCCGCUGGAUCAAACUACAAAGGGACGACGACAAAUCUAUACAUGCACUGCGCAUUACCCCACCCGUGUGCACGGAAGAUAAAACUUUAAUCGACCCAAAAUACUUGGAGCCGCAGCGACUGUGUCAGAAUGGAAUGAGUUAUUAUCCUCAUCAUCGCUGUUUGAUGGACUUUGACGUCACUGGUGAGCCGAGUGCAUGCAGAGAUCUGACACAUCUACAAAAUUGUGAAAAAUUUUCUUGCCCAGAAAACUUCAUGAAAUGCCCAGACUCCUACUGCCUUCAUGUCAGGUUUCUGUGUGAUGGCGUACCGCACUGUCCAAACAACGAAGACGAACAACUUUGUGAUUCCUACACUUGUCCUGGUCAUUUCAGAUGCCAUGGCAGUAGAAAGUGUAUACCGCUCAGUCAGGUCUGUGACGGAGUUGGUCAUUGUCCGCGAGCUGAUGACGAGCGACACUGUGACGUCAUCUGUCCGGACGGUUGCUCCUGUCAAGGUCUAAUAUUUCACUGUAUUGACAAAAAAGUCAAUAAAUCUCGAAUAUUUGGCGAACUUCCCGAAACGUUGCGAGGACUAACUAUACAAAUACGUCUUAAUGAUUGGACGGAUAAUCUUCCAAUACCAUUACCUGCAGUGUUCGUACUCUCUAUGCAGCACUGCCACAUUGAUUCGUUAUCCUUUAGUAAUCGUUCAGUUCUGACUGGACUCAACUCUCUCAUAAGCCUUGACAUCAGCCAUAACAACAUAACUAAUGUACCCGCCCAUACAUUUGCAAUGCUUUCGAGGUUGAAAUAUCUAACCUUGAAUCAUAAUCCUAUCGUCUCCUUAGAUGAAAUGGCGUUUUCAGGUUUGCACUUACUGAAAGAGUUUUUCCUCAUUGGAUCUCAUCUAAACAAUCUCUCCUCUGACACAUUUGUCGACUGCAAUGCCUUAACGUAUUUGAAUCUCAGCUCCCACCAAAUAAAUUGGAUUGCUCAUGACGCAUUUAACAAUUUAGCUUAUGUCAAGACACUGGAUCUUCGGAACAAUCGUAUUCAGCUAGCAGAACACAUAUUUAAAGGACUUACAAGUCUAGGCUAUUUGUACGUUGAUUCCUACACGCUUUGCUGAGCCAAACCUGUCUCGGUAACUGAUCCGACUUGCUUCGCCCCUCGUGACAGUAUCUCCUCGUGUACUGAUCUAAUCCGUUUGUCCAUUUUGAGAAUAGCUCUUUGGAUCAUAGGGCUAUGUGCAGUCUUCGGCAAUUUGUUUGUCUUGGUAUACCGACUGAAGUACGAUCGGGGAAAUCUGAUGAAAAGUUACUCCAUUUUCGUCAUCAACCUGAGCUUGUCUGAUAUCCUUAUGGGUGUCUAUAUGAUAAGUAUUGGCGUUGCUGAUGCAGCGUACAGAGAUCGCUACGUGUGGGAGGAAGAAACCUGGAGACGCAGUAUUACAUGUACAGCGAGUGGCAUUUUAUCAACAAUAUCCAGUGAAGCAUCGACCUUUGUCAUCCUCUUUAUAACUCUUGAUAGAACUGCGGCAAUUGUGUUUCCAUUUUCAUUAAAGCAGUUUACAAAGAGAUCUGCUAUAGGGACAUCUGUUGUCAUAUGGAUCUUCUCCAUAGUUAUAGCCGUACUUCCGGUUUCUAGCUUCAAGGAUUACUUCAAGGGAGAGUUCUAUAGCUCUUCCGGUGUAUGUCUUGCACUUCCGUUAUCAGAUUCCAGUACACCUGGCUCGGAAUAUUCAGUCGCCGUCUUUGUUGGACUGAACUUUGUUAUCUUCAUUGUGAUAGCAGUUUGUCAAGUUGUGAUUUACCGAAAGAGUCGGACCCACAUGACACUGAGGAGGAUGACUAAUAAACAGGACACAGACAUCGCUGUGGCACGGGCACUCACUGCAGUUGUCGCUACAGAUUUUUUCUGCUGGUUUCCUAUUGGUGUCCUUGGUAUAUGGACGUCACUGGGAGGUAGUGUGUCGGGGGAUGUCUACGCCUGGGUGAUGGUCUUCGUCCUACCAAUCAACUCCGCUCUCAACCCCUUCCUCUACACAUUUGCAAAUACAUGGAAAAAGAGAAAGCUCCAAAUGCAGCGAAACUCGAGCUACAAAGGCACGAAAUCAGAGACUGAAAUGACCAAUGUUGUUUUGGAAAUGUUGAAAACAUUCCGCCACAAGAAAGGAAGUAAGCCGCUGACUGAAUUUCUUUGUAACUCUGGAGAGUUACGUGUGAGGGACGCUUUCAACAUCAUUCAGAGUUUGUCAGAAAGUUUAGUCUACCUUCACAGCCAAAAUCUGGUCCAUGGAAACAUUUCUGCUGAAUCCGUACAGAUAUCUUCAAAGAACGAUAGAGUGACAGACGCAAUAUUUUCAAUGGAUCAUCAUCAAGUUCCCCGAGACUUCGAACAAUUCAAUGAUAUGUACGACUUCGGUAUGAUAGUGAAGAUCCUGCUGAGGAAAAUCAGGCUACCGUGAAUACAAUCACGUGUGUCUAAGAGUGUCAAUGAGCUAACUUCAUUGACAUACAUAAAUCCUUUGACACGUCAUGAGUUUUGUUGGUGAAUGCUCUGUGGACCUAACAGAAUUAGGAAACAUAUGUUCACGAUUGUUCUGUGUUUGGAAAUCUCGCGAAUGUUUGCGGCGAACUGAGUACAUUGUAGGCGGGCGGACAAAAAACGCUUCAAACAUUCACCCUACUGAACAUUUCUCAGGUUUCCGGAAAGCUCCUUUGGGCUUCUUAUGGAAGCACAUCGGUAAUGUGGAUGUUCUCACAUAAUUUUAAUUUUGAAUAGAAAAAAAGUUGCACGGAAAUUUAAGAUGAUAGUGAUAUACAUAAAAGGUUCUAAUCCGACACCCAUUGGAACACCAUACCGGUUUGUGAGAAAUCGUUCAUGAUCGUGUGGCUUUAUCACAAUACGCAUGCGCUGAUAUUCCAAACUCCUUUGCUUGAUGUAUAAAAUGUACGACAUGAUCAUGUUUGUGAAAGUUGAUUGAUGAAUGAUCCAUAAAGAUGGAAAAGAAGGAAUAUUGACGUUUAGAUUAUCACCUUGGUCAGCAAGGACAGGUUAAGGAAUGAUCAUAUUGAAUGAUGUCAUCACGUACACCGAUUCAUCUUGCAUCGUGUUGACUAGAUUAGUGAAUGGUUCCAGCAUUUCUGAGAAGCAUGGACUUAAUUUACUUGUCUUUACUGUGUGAAGUGUGUAUUAUGUAAGUCCAUGUUUAAGAUGUGGCUAAUACUUAGUUCUGUAUGAAAUUCAUUGUUCGUGUAGUGUCUUUUAUGGAUAUUUUAAAGUUUAUUACGUCAUUACAUUUUUACACAUAUUUAAUAUAUACAUUAAUUUAAUGAAACUAAUUAAUCGUUAGCCUAUAUAUUUAAGGUGUAUCUAAUGUUCGAGUGCUUUAUUAAAGUCAUUUAAAUUCAUGUGAAGUAAAUAUCUUUUGGAAUUAUUUCGUAAGUUUUUUCUGUUAUGCUAAAGUGCCUGAUAAAUGAAUAUUAAUUAAACAAUGUUUAUAUAUAUAUAAUUUCUUGUUAUCUGUACUUUUAUGAACUAAACUUUAAAUAUUACACAUAAUAAGGGCUAUUGUUCGACACUCAACAUUCAGGGUCACCUGGCCAAUAUAAAUAUCUACCUGUAUACCAUAAAGAGUAUCAAAUGAUACCAAACAGAGAUAAUAUUUCACUGAUCACGUGAUGGUCCUUACAUAGAUUUAUUUUUAUUUUAGUAAUGGUUAAAGUGUUAUUUGGCUAUAUUCUAUUUAAAAUCUGUCUGAUUAAGAACUCAGGUAUAUUGUAUAUGUCAAGUUCUAUUUUUACAUGUUUAAUUUAUUUCUAAAUGUGCUACUAUAGAAUGUUGUGAAAGUUAUUAUUCAGUACAAAUUCGAAAUCUAGGUACUAUUAAGACUAGUUCUAUUUUUAAUAAAUCUGAGUGAAUAUGCGCAUCUGUUUUUAAAUUAUGCAUAAAGUGUAUAUGAAUUACAAUUGUAUUGUUGACUUAUACAAGUAUUUUAAUUGCUAUGUUUAUAAAAGGCAGAUAUUAUUUAAAGCAAAUAAUUUAUUACAUUCCUCGAAGAACGAAUAGAAUAGGCAAAUAGAGCUCAAUUAAAUAAAAAAAAUAUGAACUAGUAAGAAUUAUGCAAUUUGAAUUUAUAAGAUUAUCACUGACUAUACGAAUGCAUAGGAGAUCUUAGUAAAAUUGUCGAAUAUUUUUGUAUUUAAGUUACAUGUAUUUCACUGUAUUAGAUAUACGAUUUAAGAAGAAUUAGGCAAAUUCAAUUACACUAGAUAUUAUUACUCAAGAAACACCCGUUGCCUUACACAUUACACUUUAAUCCUACAUCUAGAUUGAUGUAACUGUUGGUUAGUAUUGACUUCAUACUUUCUGUGAUAAUAUUUACUUUGUCGGCAAUCUCCUCCUACAUUUUUCGACCGAUCUCUUUGAAACUUGGUAAACAUUAUAAUCAUGAUAUGCAGUUAUGUCUUCCGUAAAAAAAUUGAUUCGACAAUUUUUGCAAAAGUUAUUGCCCUUUACACUUUGUUCAUUUGAUUUUUGUCCGACAAUC